AUGGCAAACAGGUACGUUGACUAUCGCCUCAUCCCGUUGCAGGGCAGCGAUUCCAAGGCAGCCGCAUUGCCCGCUCUCAUCGGGGCGGGAACGGUGUUGGGCGACGUGACGACGGGGGAGCUGCACCUGCAGGCAUCUGAGGACCGCAGCGUAUGGGUUGAAGCGACGUGGGCGAGUCUCAUUGUUGGAUUCUCCAAUGCGGACACAGAGGCAUCUGGCCUCGUCGCAACACAAACAUUUGUGGAUGCGGAGUCCGGGUCCAUCCGGCGAUUCACGGCCGUCUCGGGCGGCGGCUCCUGCGCGGUUGUUGACGAGCGGCUGUUUGCAGUGCACAGCGCAUCACCGGUGCUGAUGCAGGACAUCACCAUCGCCCACCGCUCCGGUGCCCGCCCCGUCGCAGUCGCAUUCACCACCACUGCGAAGGGAUAUGAGCGCGCGUGGAAGCAGGAAGAAGGGUCCGGUCUGUACACGCGGACGUUUGAUGGAUGGGCGGCCGCGAUCCAGCCGCGGCCGGCCAACGCGACUGUUGCUGCCAACCAAGUGAAGCACCUCACUGUCGCCAUCGCCCUCUCACCGCUCGUCGAAGGUGCUGUUCCCGUGCAAUCACUUCACGCCGCCAUCACUACCGCGUCCUUCAAGCGGCACGAGGAGGACUUCCACAGGAUAUCGCGUCCGUUUGUGUCCGUGCAAUCGCCGUCUGCUCCGCGCGCUCCAGAGCUGCACCGCUACUAUCUCAUGCAGAUCGUGUCACCGGAUCCGAGCGCCAAUGAUGACGGCUCGACGCGCGUCCCAGCAGCGUGCUACUCCGGCCUUCCUCUCCUGGAGGACCUGCCCGCCUCUCUUCCGCAGUCGCUGACAUCUCUGCGCGAUUCGUUUGUGAAGCAGUGGGACACAACGUUCACCGCCGGCACAUGCACAUCCCUCAUCGCAAGCGGGCUUGGUGCCUCUGGCGUGUCGCUGCAGCUGACGCGUGCGAUUGUCGGCAUUCGCGAGCGCGACGGCGGAAUCGACAUCGCCCCCGGAUGGCUCCUUCCGCGCGACGUUGCGCUCGUGGCUGAGGAUGUCCGCGUCGGUGGUUAUGUUGUUGACAUCCACCUCACGCGCCAUCACACCACCAUCGCUCGCAAAGACAAGCGGUCCCACCCCGUGUACAUCCACCGUGUUGGCGUUCACCCAAAGCCCGUCGGCGUGAGCACCCGCCUCUCCAUCCCAUCAGAGCCCAUCCACCUCUCUUCCUCAGCACAGCGGCCCGCUGGAAAACAACCUGAUCUGGACUAUGGGCCGCGGCCAAUCUCGCCGCCAUCGUACUCAACCAGCCUGAUUGUGUUCCUGUUUGUGGCCAUUGCGGGCUUCCACGUCGCCCUGAUCCGGCUCGUGUAUCUCGAGUACUGCCGAUGA